CAACCGAGUCCGAAUCGGAGAGAGGACAGGCCUGUCAGCUUCUAUCAACUUGGAUCAAACCAACUUCAGCCUAAUGUAGCAUCCUUGGCAAGAGAUGCAGCGAACAUUGCUAAAGAUAAGCAAAGAGGAUUUAUGCCAAGUAUAUUACAGAAUGAAACAUAUGGAGCAAUACUUGGUGGCAGUCCACCUCCCAUUCAGCCUGCUGUACCUGUUACAAGUAGCGCACCUCCUCUACCUCCAAGGAAUAUUGGCAAAGUUCAGCCUUCAGUUCUUGGCAGUGGUAUUCAGACAAUUUCUUCAUCUAAUGCAAUGUGGAAGACAAAUUCUUUAGGAGUGGAAAGUAUAAGCAGGCAGAGGUCUUCAUCAGAUCCACCAGCUAUUCAUCCCCCUGUGCCGCCAUUGCGUGUAACAUCUACAAAUGUGCUUUCUCCAGCACCACCGCCUCCAGUGGCAAAGACAGCCAGCAUUAUAGAAGCUUUGAACCAGCAAUCUAAGCAGCAACCAGCUCCUCCACAAACCAAGCCAACCCCACCACCACUGCCCCCACAACCUCCUAGUAGAAUUUCUCAAAGAAAGCCUAUUCCUGGGACAGAGAAGUCAUCUGGCUUAACUAACAAAGGGCAAUCCAGAGGACUUGGAUCUCUACAACAAACUGCAGGAGAGUCAUCUUCUGUAUGUGAAACCCCAGUAACACAAACUGGUUCUACAACAAAUACUUUGGCACAGAUUCAGCCACCAGCACCAAUGCCAAGGAAAUCACAAAUAUCAAAAACUAAACCCAAGAGAGUAAAAGCGAUUUACAACUGUGUAGCAGAUAACCCAGAUGAGCUAACUUUUUCAGAGGGAGAUAUUAUUGUAGUUGAUGGUGAAGAAGAUCAGGAGUGGUGGAUUGGACAUAUUGAUGGAGAUCCCAGUCGGAAAGGAGCUUUCCCUGUAUCAUUUGUGCACUUUAUUGUUGACUAAAUUGCUACUGAUAAGUGGAGACAUUUCUCAUUUCCAGCGGUCACAGAAAUAAGUUUUGUUCUAUUUCAUUUCAUCUACCUAUCUACAGACACCUUGCCAGAACACUGCCCAAGUCCUAGGUACUGUAGCUUACUUUUUUAUUGCCAUCAUUCUGAUUUUGGGACUUUCAGAACUUUUUUCUAUGUGAAAACUUCUCAUGAGCAGCUUACACUUUAAAAAACCCCAACUCUUCCUGUAUUUUUCAAGGUGAACUGAAAAGCUUUAACAAUCAAAAUCCAUGUAAGUGUGUGAACAUCACAACGUUAUGAAUGUUCUUUUCAAUCAAUUCACUGUAAUUUUAUUCUCCCUUUUGUAACAUGACAAUACCACAGUUCAGUGUUGCUUCCCCAGUCAGAGAAAUUGUAUGCAUCUA